AUGAAACAGAAGAUCUAUGUUGUCAUCAUUAAUAGUGGGAGCAGCGAGAAUAUUGUCUCUCGGCGCAUGGUGGAGAAGUUAGGAUUAAAGACAGAGAAGCAUCCCGCCCCUUACAAGAUUGGUUGGAUUCGAAAGGGUAGCGAUGUACAAGUUGAUGAAGUGUGUCGAGUAUCCUUUUCCAUUGGCCGAACUUAUAUCGAUGAGGCGUUAUGUGAUGUAGUUGAGAUGGAUGCAUGUUAUAUCUUAUUAGGCAGGCCAUGGCAGUUUGAUGUUGAUGCCACACAUCGGGGAAAGGAUAAUGUUUAUAUAUUUAAGAAGGAUGGUCGACGAGUUGUGCUCAAGCCUCUAACUGAGAAGGGGCCUGUCAAUACCAAUGUGGCUGAAAAGAAAACUUUCUUGGUCGUUGACAAUGAAGAUUUUAUGAAAGAAGUGAAGCAGUCCAAUAAGGUUUAUGCUCUUGUUUUGUCGGGAAAGGAGGAUUCUACCACAGCUAAAAUUCCACCUGGAGUUCAAACCCUCUUGCAGCAGUUUGAAACAGUUAUGCCUAACGAUCUGCCCUCUGAAUUACCAAUGCUUCGAGACGUGCAACAUCAGAUUGAUUUCAACCCUGGAUCUCGACUACCAAAUCUGCCACACUAUCGGAUGAACCCAAAGGAAGGAGAGAUUGUGUAG